CUUAACGUAUACAAAGGGGUACUAUUUCGGAUAGUAUUUUUUCCCACAUUUUUUCUCUCUCUCUCUCUCUAUUUGUCCUUCAUUUUCUCUGUUUCUCUCUCCUCUCUUUUAACGAAGACUGACUUUGGCUCUCCGGCAUUGACUGGUUCUCAAGCAACUUCACUCCGGUAACUGAACUCAGCUAAGAUCGUGAAGUCCUAUCUGAGAGUCAAAGUAUAGUCAGUUUCGAACAGUUAAAAGCGAAGACGCAACGGAUGAAUAGACAGUGAGAAGAAUAGACUUACGAUUUGAGGAUGAAUCUGGGGAGAAUAUUUUCAACUCCCCAAGAGAAUAGAGUUACCCAAAAUGGGGAUCCUUGGACUCCUAUUACACCGCAAAAGCCGGUUUUGCAAAUACCUGAUCUUGUUCCAGCUGAAAUGCAAGGGAAUCAGAUGGAGAGGACAGAUUGGCAAGACCUGCUCGGGAUGUAUGGUGACUUUUUACAAAAGCCAUCUCAUGAUACUGGAGCAGUUCAGAAUCCUGUCCCGUCAGUGAGUUUGAAUAAUGGGUAUAUUGGUCACCGGAAUGAUGCAGCAGUGGUUAACAGACACUCUGAUAUAGAUAUCAACCGCUGUGAAAAUGUAGCAGACCAUAGUAAGCCUGCUUGCACGAGAGUUAAUUCUUUAGCGGAAUUGUUGGGCAUGAAUCAGUCGUAUACGCUCUCCACCAACGGAAGAUCAAGCAAUAGCAUCCAUCUCGGUGAUUUACCGACCUUUCAGAAUUCAUAUUCUCAAGUUGAAAGCAGAUAUGAGCAGCAACUCAACUCUGCAGGUCAAAAUUUGCUGAACGAGAGUCAAGUUUUUAGUCCAAAUCAGGCAUUUGAUCGUUACAGCAACCAGCGCCCACCACUUGAUGGAAUUCGAGGCCCUUAUCAGAUCAAUAGAUCCCUGUAUUCACCCUCGGCACCAGAUGCUGGCACAAGUCCAAGCACAAGUAGUUUCUUCCCGUUUGCACCAGUAACACCAGAACAGAACCACUUCAAGGACAACCAGCAUUUUGAGCCAAUACAAGAAAGCUCUAGUCUUGACAAAGAUAAGCAGGAGCAUAUUGUCGGGUCUAUGCAAUCCAAGGAUAACCACUCUGAUAAACUGUUACAGAAAGUCCCAGAUUCAACGGUUGCCGUAUCACCAUUGAGUGAAAAGAUCAAUAGUGACAAUAUAGGUAAUGGGGACAUUGACCUAAACAAGACGCCAGCAUCGAAACCUCCCAAAAGGCGAAAACACCGGCCGAAGGUAGUAAUAGAAGGGCAAACCAAAAGAACUCCGAAGCCUGCUGCCCAGAAAGAUAGUUCUCAUGUUGAGAACCCAUCAGGAAAGAGGAAGUAUGUCCGCAGAAACGGCCUCAAAGCUUCAACAACUGAACAAACUGAAGUUGUUGAGUCAGCUGCCCCAGGAAAUAGCAUUCGAGAUGAGAACCCAUCAGGAAAAAGGAAGUAUGUCCGCAGAAAGGGCCUCAAAGCUUCAACAACUCAACAAACCGAAGUUGUUGACAAGGACAGAGUUCCUGAUGCUGGAGACACAGCAAAAACAUGUCGGAAAAUGCUAAAUUUUGACCUGGAAGACAGAAUAAAAGAUGAAAGCCUGGCAAGUACCAAUAUCAGCCACGCCGAAAAACAUCAACCAAGAAAAGAGUUUUUUGAUUUGAACUUGAAUUCUCAAGACAUGGAAUCAGCUUUGGCUAUCAUGGAGGCUCCUGAAAUGUCAGCUGGGCAAAAUCAGCAGAAUGGAGAAAUUGCAGAGAAACUGCUAACAGAAACUACAUCUGAUGUAAUCAGUUCCUUCACUCAAAAGCCAAAAGAUUUGGCAUUGCCGCUUCCUUCAGCAAAUAAAGUUACAACAAAGAACCAGGCACUGAAUGCCAUUGCAAGAAGUCUGAGUAUGCGAAACGUUAAUCAGUAUCCAAACAGCAUUCAGCUUGGGCAUGAUCAAGUGCGAAUUGAUGAAACCAGAAUAGGCCAGGUUGUCUUUCAGGCAAAAGAUAGUACACCAAAGAGAGACGAACCAAGACAGCUGGCACUGGAAAGGACACCUCUGCUUUUGAAAGACACAGCUUGUGCAGACGACAAAAGAGGAUCCAAGAGAGAUCAGUGCUCUAGUCCUGCAUUUCAACCUAGAAUUUUUAGCCAGAUGGGAUCUCUGUGCCCAGAAAUGUCGGGGAUUGACUGCAUCAGAAGAAAUUACAGCACAUUUGGUUUAGAAGGUUCAGAGAUUCACAAGAAAACAAAGUUUGAUUCUGAAAUAUAUGGUAAUUCAUCUGGUAUUCCUUCCUGUACUACAGCUGCAAUAGAUGGCUCAACAAAGUUCCAGUCAAGCAGCUUGAACAUAAAUAGAUAUAAUGGAUUCCUAGGUUCUAAUAACAGUGGAGCCAAUGGGGAGGGCAGUAGGCAUUGUGCUAGUACCAUGGUUGUUAAACAUAACUUUCAAAAGCAACCAAACCCAUCUCAAUCUCAUUCUUAUACACAACCAAUAUCACAGGACAUAUCCCAACAAAUGACUGGAAUACAUGAACCCCAAGCACAGGCCACAAGCAGUAACUGGAAUCUUCAGUGUCAACCCCAAACUCUCUCUAUGGUGGCACAAGAGAUUCUGAGAAGAUUUUCUAAAAAUAAGAUACAAGCAGAGCUGAAAAAUGUGGGGCGGACGUCAUCCAAUGAACUAUUCAGUCAUGGGGAGCUGCUUACAAGAGAGAACAAGAAUUCACGAGCUGACCAACAUCACCCAACAAAAGCUAGAGGCUUACAAGGAACACGCAGAAAUGCAGCAUCAGUCGAUAUGAUCACACGGCGAUUGGAACACCUUGUUAUCAGCGGUGGCAAGAAAGAUGCUGCUGAAGAGGAUCAAAAGGCCCUUGUUCCAUAUAAGGCAAGUGGCACAAUUAUCCCAUAUGAGGGAUUUGAUCCUGUCAAAAAACAUAAGCCACGGCCCAAAGUGGACCUUGAUCCAGAGACAAAUAGACUGUGGGACCUCUUGAUGGGGAAGGAAGGAAAUGCAGAUACAACGGACAAGGACAACGAAAAAAAGUGGGAAGAUGAAAGGAAAGUCAUCCGUGGACGGGUAGACUCUUUUAUCACACGAAUGCGCCUCGUUCAAGGAGAUAGGAGGUUCUCGCCUUGGAAGGGAUCAGUAGUCGACUCGGUAAUAGGAGUAUUCCUCACACAGAAUGUUUCAGAUCAUCUCUCAAGCUCUGCUUUCAUGUGCCUUGCAGCCAAGUUCCCCUUGCAGCCAACAAGGACCAAGAAUACCCUCUCACGAAAUGGAUGUAACAUAGCAGUGGAGGAACCAGAAGUCGAAAUAAUAGAUCCAGAUGGGACUACCACAUAUCAUAAAGCUAGACUACAGCUGCCUACAUGUCAUCAACGCUCCAUAACAUCCAAUGAAUCAUCUGAGCACAGGAUGGAGAAUCACAUACAAACAACUAGAGCUUAUUUAGUAAGUGAGCAUGGCAAGAGAACAGACGAGGAAGUCAUUUCAUUACAAAACUCUCCUGACUCUCUCAUUCUUCAAGCCAAUGAAGAAAUCAGGUCAAGCUCCGGAUCCAACUCAGAAUGUGAAGACCAACCAAGUUCACCCAACUUGAAUGAGAACAGUACUCGAGCAAACCAUUCUCCACCGACAAAGUGGACUGCUGCAUUCCAGGAAUAUCAGAGUCACUUUAUGAGGAAUACACUUUCAGGAAAGAUGCCCGUCUUUGGGAAUCAGAAGUCAGAAAAUGUAAGGCAUAAUCGAAAUCUUGAUGCAGAGGCGUAUUUACAUGGCUAUCCAAUCAAUCCGCAUGCUCAUGUCCAAGAAAUAUCAGUAAGAACUACCAGUAAUUCUUGGUUGACCAUGAGACCAGAAUUUGGAAAACAUGAAAUAGCAUGCCAUGAGAAAGAAAUUGCCUCUUCUUUGACUCCAAUAACUCCAGAACUCAAUGCAGCAAAAGGAGUAGAUUUAAUGAGCCAAAGCAUAAACCAGAUAGCAGGAUGUUCAAGUACUUUGACAGCUCAGCGAACCGCACUUCCCGUUAUUCAUGAACCAAGGAUGGGAGAAUAUGCAUUUGCAGAGCACAGAGAACAGACAGGAACUAUGCAAAUGCAACCUCACAAUGGAAAUGAUCAACAUUCUGAGAGUUCCCAGCAAAAGGAGAUGACAAUGGCCUCACACCUAGAAAGCGCUUGCAUCCGACAGUCAGUAAACCAUUCAGAAGCCGCUGCUAAAGGACAAGAAGAAGGUCAAGCAUAUCUUUCAAGCAAGCAACCCAGAGUAACAGGCACCAGCAUCUCAAAACCAAGAAAAAGAAAAGUAGAGGAAGGAGAUAAGAAAGCUUUUGAUUGGGAUAGCUUGAGGAAGGAAGUCCAACCAAAGAGUGGGAAAACAGAAAAAAGCAAGAAUGCAAUGGACUCGUUGAACUAUGAAGCAGUUAGAUGUGCAGCAGUUAAAGAAAUUUCUGAUGCUAUUAAGGAACGAGGGAUGAACAACAUGCUGGCAGAGCGAAUUAAGGACUUCCUCAAUAGACUGGUAAGGGACCAUGGAAGUAUUGACCUAGAAUGGUUGAGAGAUGUGGCCCCAGAAAAAGCAAAAGAGUAUCUACUAAGUAUCCGCGGACUGGGUCUGAAAAGUGUAGAAUGCGUGCGGCUAUUAACACUUCACAACCUUGCUUUUCCAGUUGACACAAAUGUUGGACGAAUCGCUGUGCGAUUAGGAUGGGUUCCUCUCCGACCACUUCCUGAGUCACUGCAAUUGCAUCUUCUUGAACUGUAUCCAGUUCUGGAGUCAGUUCAGAAGUAUCUCUGGCCACGACUAUGCAAGCUUGACCAGAGAACACUGUAUGAGUUGCACUACCACAUGAUUACCUUUGGAAAGGUUUUCUGCACCAAAAGUAAACCUAACUGUAAUGCAUGCCCACUGCGAGCUGAGUGCAGACACUUCGCUAGUGCUUUUGCAAGUGCAAGACUCGCCCUUCCUGGCCCAGAAGAGAAGAGGAUAGUGAGUUCAGCAGUUCCAAUCUCUGGUGAGGGAAAUGCAACUGCUCCAUUCAAGCCUAUGCUGUUACCCCCAGCAGCCGAAGGAAGAAUGAUGUUCCCGUGUGCUUCAGUUGAAGCUGGUAACAUCCCUGCUUUCCUAAACAAGCCAAUGCCAGUACCUCAAGAGAUAACCAACUUAUCCGAUAGAGAAGCAACACUCAUUACCAGCAACUGCGAACCUAUUAUUGAGGAACCAAAAACACCAGAGCCAUUGCCAGAACUAUUAGAAAGUGACAUUGAGGAUGGAUUUAUUGAGGAUCCUGAUGAAAUUCCGAUGAUCGAACUCAACAUGAAAGAGUUUACGACCAAUUUGGAAACUAUUUUUCAAGGGCAUAACAAAGAAGGUGACCUAUCCAAAGCUCUGGUCGCCUUGAAUCCAGAUGCGGCUUCAAUUCCUACUCCCAAGCUGAAAAAUGUCAGCCGUCUACGGACAGAACACCAAGUGUAUGAACUCCCAGAUUCCCAUGAAUUGUUGGAAAAGAUGGAUAAACGAGAACCUGAUGACCCAAGUCCAUACCUUCUGGCAAUAUGGACACCAGGUGAGACUGUAAAUUCAAUUCAACCUCCUGAAACAAAGUGUGAUCCCAGUGGAUCGGGGAGCCUGUGCAAUGAGAAGACAUGCUAUUCGUGCAAUGGCAUAAGAGAAGCAAACUCACAAACCGUAAGAGGCACACUAUUGAUACCAUGCCGAACAGCGAUGAGAGGGAGCUUCCCCCUCAAUGGCACAUACUUCCAGGUUAAUGAGGUAUUUGCGGAUCAUAAAUCCAGUCUUAAUCCAAUUAAUGUUCCGAGAAAAUUGCUAUGGUCUCUACCAAGAAGGACCGUGUACUUUGGGACCUCUGUAACAACAAUUUUUAAAGGCUUGUCAACAGAACAAAUUCAGUACUGCUUCUGGAGAGGAUUUGUCUGCGUGAGGGGAUUUGAUCAAGAGACAAGAGCCCCACGACCUCUCAUUGCUAGACUGCACUUCCCCACAAGUAAGUUGGUCAAAAAUAGAAGUGAUGACAAAAAAAAGGAGGGAGCAGCUGCUGAGAGAGUUGCUGGUUACAACUCACCAAAAUCUGCUCAUACAAAGUAGAGAAACACAGAGGAAUAGGAUAACAAUUUGAUGACUAACGCAUUGUUGACAUUCAAUAACCUCACAGGAGAUACAGAUUUACAUGUUACGGCAGCAGAUCAUUUGAGGUCACCCCUUAGGACAUUACAAGGGUGUAGUGUACAAUAAGCAUCUCCUAUUCUUUCAUUUAUGCUCCAAACUGAGCCAUUUUUCAAGAAAAUAGCAUACAGCGAUAGAUGUAGGAAAAUUGAUAUGUAACAUUCAUUGUUUGAAUAUUCAAACAGUUGAUGUCAUUGUAGUGGACAAUAUUUUUUAAUUCAUGCCCGAAAUUACUACUGCUUUAACA